GAAACCACUGGCAUCGCAGACGCUUCGACUCAAACACCAGCAAGAAACAUGAGCCAGCAAGCUGGGACGCAGCUGAAGGUCACUGGGGUUGAUUUCCUCAAAAGCCAGAACACUCGUCUGCACCACACCGAUGCGUACGACAACAAAAGCCUGGUGGUGAGGCGCGGGCAGGGCUUUCAGCUGAAGCUGACCUUCAACAGGGACCUGAGCACCACCGACAAGGUGAAGCUGCAGUUCACCAUCGGGGAUAAGCCGAUGAAGACCUUGGGGACCCUGAUGUGCCUGAACGUGAGGUCUGGGAAGGACUACAACGGGUGGCGUGCCACCAUCAUCAAGUCCUCCAGCAAUGAGUGCCAGGUGGCUGUGACCAGUCCGGCUGAUGCCAUCGUAGGAAAAUACUGCCUGGAGGUCAUGACGGAGUCAAACACCUAUAAGCCUGAAAAUGAUGCUGUCUACCUUUUGUUCAACCCAUGGUGUCAAGCGGAUACUGUAUUCAUGGCCGGUGAUGCUGAGAAGAACGAAUAUGUGCUCAACGACACGGGAUACAUGUAUGUUGGAUCAGCAAACUACAUAUACAGUAGACCUUGGAAUUUUGGGCAGUUUGAGGAAUUCAUCUUGGAUGCCUGCAUGUAUCUGCUGGACCAGAGCAAACUCAAGCUAGGCACUCGAAGGGAUCCUGUGGCUGUGUCCAGAGCCAUGUCUGCUUUGGUUAAUGCCAAUGAUGACAGAGGUGUCCUGUUCGGGAACUGGUCAGGGGUGUACACCGGCGGGACCUCCCCUGUGACAUGGAUCGGGAGUGUCUCAAUUCUGCAGCAAUAUUACAAAAAGAAGAAGUCAGUACGUUAUGGUCAGUGUUGGGUCUUCUCAGGAGUCCUCACUACAGUCAUGCGCUGCUUGGGAAUCCCAGCCCGGAGCGUGAGUAACUUCGACUCGGCCCAUGACACGCAGGAAGACCUGAGAGUUGACGUUUACCUGAAUGAAAAUGGAGAACAACUGAACAACCUGUCACAAGACUCCAUCUGGAACUUCCACGUGUGGAAUGAUGUGUGGAUGAAACGGCCGGACUUGCCAGCGGGGUUUGACGGCUGGCAGACGAUCGAUUCGACCCCUCAGGAGCAAAGUCAAGGUGUUUUCCAGUGUGGUCCAUCUCCACUGACGGCUGUCCGAGAAGGGAAUGUGUAUUUGAACUUUGACUGCAAGUUUGUGUAUGCGGAAGUGAAUGCCGACAAAGUCUACUGGUACGUGAAGAACGUGAAUGGCAAGCAGAAGUACAUCAAAAUUGCCGUGGAUACCAGAGCUGCUGGCAAGAACAUCAGCACGAAAGCCGUGGGGCAAAACAAGCGGGAAGACAUCACAGCGCAGUACAAGUACCCUGAAGGCUCGCCAGAGGAAAGGCUGUCCAUGCAGCGAGCUUCCUCCUUCAUCUCAGGAAAUGGGUUUCUAGCACACUUCGCUUCAGCCACGCUCCCCAUGGCUGGGGUCCACCCUGAUGUGCACCCCAGGUCUAGGAGCCCGCAUGAGGUGCUCCCUAGCACAGAGGACCAGCACAAGGUGGUCGCCAAGCCUGAUGUUCAGCUUGAGAUAACCAGCAAAACACCUUUGUAUCCUGGUAAUCCUAUUGAUCUGGGCAUCAUAGUGAAGACCUCUGCUCCUAGGAGCUGGACCAUCAAUCUUGCCGCCUCCUGCCAGCUGCAGUCCUAUAUUGGUCAAAUUAAGGCCAAUCUUGGAUCCAUCAAGCAAAUCGUCAAGCUUGAAGGCAAAUCUGAGACCCAGAUCCCUCUGAAAAUAGCAGCUGACAAAUACAUGGAGGUGCUGGCCUCAGUGGGAGAUGAAGAUCUCAUCAAAGUCACUGUCAUUGCUGAGACUGAGGGAACAGAUGAAAAAGUCACCAAGGAGACGACGCUGGUCUUCCAGUACCCCCCCAUCACCGUCAAGAUGCCAGAAACCGCGAAAGUGGACGAGGAGUUCACCUGCGCCUUCAUCUUCAAGAACACGCUGAGCAUCCCCCUGGACGACUGCAAGCUGUUCGUGGAGGGCCUGGGCAUGUUCAAGAUGACGUCGUUUGACGAAGGGGACGUACAGCCUGGUGGGAUCUUUAAGUCUCAGAUAAUCUGCACUCCAAAGAGAGCAGGAGAGAAGAAAAUAGUAGCCACGCUGACCUCAACCCAGGUCAAAGGGAUAUCCGUGGAGAAGGCCAUCACCGUCAGCGAGUAGGGCCUGCGCCGCCGCAGGGUGCGAGCGGCGACCUCCCUAAACGCCUGUCACAGCUGUGCGCCACUGGCGCUUUUUGCCUCCUUGAUUGCUGGAUAAUAGUUCCUAAAAGCAAAAAAAACCCCUCCCAUUAAGCUAAGGGAAUGUAAGUGACUUAAA